AUGCGGUCCCCAGUCACCGGAGUCUUGUGGCUCUAUGGACUCAUUUUGGCAACGACUAUUUCCGAAGUCUGCGGAGAUACAGAACCGAAUUUCUUGAGCGUGCGGAAGAACGUAACAAGAGAGUAUAAAAGUGAACGUGAGAUACCAACGGAGAAAUACUUUCAUGAAUUAGAAUUCAAUCAUCACUACGACGACCGAUACGCCAAUGCUAGUCUGCCAGAUAGGAAAGUCAUCCCAUAUCUCUCGGACCUAGUCCAGACAUAUUUCACAACAAUGAACGCAAUCGGCGCAGAAACGUGGAUUAUGCAUGGGACCCUCUUAGCAUGGUGGUGGAAUCAGAAGCUCUUUCCGUGGGACGACGAUCUAGACGUGCAGAUCUCGGAAGCAACGAUCCAUUUCUUGGCAGAAUACUAUAACAUGACCGAGCAUUAUUUUGACCUCCCCAACGUCGACGGUGGCCGUAAAUACAUACUCGACGUUAAUCCCAAUUAUGUCGUCAAAUCAGAGAGAGACACUCUGAAUAAGAUUGAUGCCCGCUGGAUUGAUAUGUCGUCAGGACUGUUCAUUGAUAUCACUGCUGUUCGCAAGGAUGAGGCUAGCCGGCUGAAUGGACGUCCGGAAGCGCUUAUGUGCAAGGAUAAGCAUAACUAUGAUGAGAGUGACAUCUUCCCGCUGCGUGAUAGUUUCUUUGAGGGUGUUCCGGUCAAAGUUCCAUACGCUUAUACAUAUAUUCUCGAAGAAGAGUAUGGUCCGAUAGCGCUCACUCGGACAAGUUUUGGAGGUUACAUCUUCAAUGAAAGGACCAAGAUUUGGGAGUCGUCGUGA